AUGAAGUUCUCCAACGCCGCUGCUCUUGGCCUCGUGGGCUGUGCCCUUGCCUUGCCCAAGCACAUCGAGGGCGGCGACCGUCAGUCUCUCCCUAACCUGCCAUCCGGCUUCCCCAUCCCGUCCGGCUAUCCGUCCGAGGGCCAGCCCCAGGAGGGCGGCGAGGGUAACUUCCCUGAACCUAGCGGAACUUUCCCCUCUGGCUUCCCCAUCCCCUCCGGUGGCGCUGGUUUCCCUGGGCCUAGUGGCUUCCCUGUGCCUUCUGGUGGAGCUGGCUUCCCUGUUCCCAGCGGACUGCCUGAUUUCCCUGCUCCCAGCGGACUGCCCGACUUCCCUACUCCCUCCAGCGGAGCAGGAUUCCCCGAACAGUCGUUCGACAAGCGGGACGAGGGCUUCCAAUUCCCCGACCCCAGCGGCUUCCCUGUGCCAUCUGGCAUUCCCUCCGGCUUCCCAAUUCCUUCCGGCAUUCCAUCCGGUUUCCCCAUUCCAUCGGGAACACCUUCCAGCGACUCUCCCUUCGGUGACUCCUCCUUCGGCGGAUUCCAGAAGCAACAAUCCCAGGACACCGACGAAAGCGACGACGACAACAACGACGAGCCCGACUUCCCUACCCCCAGCGGACCCGCUCCUUCCGGCGGAUUCCCCAGUGGUUUCCCCAGUGGUUUCCCCGGCGGUCAUCACGGUGGUCACCACGGCGGUCACCAUGGCGAGGGUCACGGCCCGAAGCCGACUGGAACCCAGCCCUCUGGCUUCCCUCAGCCAUCUGGAAGCGGUCCUCGUCCUACUCCGUCGUCUGGCUUUCCCCCUAAGCCUACUGGAGGAGCGCCGUUCCCUUUCUUUGCUUAG